CGGAGGCGAAGCGGCGGCCCCUCCCCCGGCGGCCGCUCCGGCUGGGGCUCGCCGGCCGGAGAGUUUCGCACCCGGCUGGGAGAUGCCGCGCGGGCUCCUUCUCCUCACAGAUUUGCAACCAACAUAAUGCUGAAGCUCCCAACUUGGAACAAGGAUUUCACAGAAUGGCACAGGCAGAACCUAACCUGGACCAUGACAUAUCAUGGUUCCUCCUUCCAUCAUGCUGGGCUAAGACUGUUGUGGCAUUAAUUUCCUUCCUCUGCUUUGCUAACAGCUAUGAUGGAGAUUUUGUCUUUGAUGAUUCUGAAGCCAUCAUCAAUAAUAAGGACCUCAGGGCAGAAACCCCACUUGGUGACCUGUGGCAUCAUGACUUUUGGGGUAGCAAACUCAGCAGCAAUACCAGUCAUAAGUCGUAUCGACCACUUACUGUCCUAACUUUCAGAAUUAAUUAUCUUUUUGCUGGAGGCUUCUACCCAGUUGGUUUCCAUGUCAUCAAUAUCAUACUGCAUUGUACUAUCUCAGUGUUGAUGGUUGAUGUGUUCUCAAUAUUAUUGGGUGGAUUGCAAUUCACUAAUAAAGGAAGAAGACUAAACCUGGCUCCAAAGACAUCUCUUCUAGCUGCUUUGCUGUUUGCUGUACAUCCAGUGCACACUGAAUGUGUUGCAGGAAUUGUUGGCAGAGCAGAUCUACUAUGUGCCCUGUUCUUUUUGUUGUCAUUCCUUGGCUACUGUAAAGCGUUUAGAGAAAAUAAGGAAGGACAUAAUUUUUCUGUAUUCUGGGUGCUGGUGAGUGUUCUCCUAGGUGCAAUAGCCAUGCUGUGCAAAGAGCAAGGAAUUACAAUACUGGGUUUGAAUGCAGUGUUUGAUGCACUGGUGAUUAACAAGUUAAAUAUUUUGGAGUUCAUUCAAAAAUUACUACGUAAGGACAAGUUAAUGGAGAGUGCUGGUCUGCUAAGAAAGGGGCUGCUUUUCAGAAUAACUCUUCUGAUGUCUGGAGGGGCUGGUAUACUUUAUAUACGCUGGAGGAUUAUGGGCACAGGGCCACCAGCUUUUACUGAAGUAGACAAUCCAGCUUCAUUUGCAGAUAGUUUGUUUGUGAGAGCUAUAAACUAUAAUUACUACUAUUCGCUGAAUGCAUGGUUGCUGUUGUGUCCCUGGUGGCUGUGCUUUGAUUGGUCAAUGGGUUGCAUACCCCUCAUUAAAUCCGUCAGUGACUGGAGGAUAAUUGCACUAGCAGCACUUUGGUUCUGCCUAAUUGGCCUGAUAUGCCAAGCUCUGUGCUCAGAAGACAGCUAUAAGAGAAGAAUUCUUACACUGGGACUUGGAUUUCUUAUUAUCCCUUUUCUUCCUGCAAGCAACCUGUUCUUCCGUGUAGGAUUUGUUGUUGCAGAGAGAGUCAUCUACCUCCCCAGUAUUGGCUAUUGCAUUCUGUUUACAUAUGGAUUUAGUCUCUUGAGUAAGCAAGCCAAGAAAAAGAAAAUUCUUGCUGUGGCAGUACUUGGAAUCUUACUGAUGAACGUUAUGCGCUGUGCACUCCGCAGCAGUCAGUGGAGGUCAGAAGAACAGCUUUUUAGGAGUGCACUGUCUGUUUGCCCUCUCAAUGCAAAAGUACACUACAACGUUGGUAAAAACCUGGCUGACAAAGGAAAUCAAAGUGCUGCAAUCAAAUACUACAGAGAAGCUGUAAGGCUGAACCCUAAAUAUGUACAUGCCAUGAACAACCUUGGAAAUAUUCUGAAGGAAAGAAAUGAACUCCAAGAAGCAGAAGAGUUGCUGUCCUUAGCUGUACAAAUACAACCUGAUUUUGCUGCUGCGUGGAUGAAUCUGGGAAUAGUACAGAACAGCUUAAGGAGGUUUGAAGAGGCAGAGCAAAGCUACUGGACAGCAAUUAAACACAGAAAAAAGUACCCAGAUUGUUACUACAAUUUAGGGCGGUUGUAUGCGGAUUUGAAUCGCCAUAUAGAUGCAUUGAAUGCUUGGAGGAAUGCUACAGUUCUGAAACCAGAGCAUAGUUUGGCUUGGAACAAUAUGAUUAUAUUGCUUGAUAACACAGGGAAUCUAGCUCAAGCAGAGGCAGUUGGAAGAGAGGCCCUGGAGUUAAUACCUAAUGAUCAUUCCCUUAUGUUUUCUCUGGCAAAUGUACUGGGGAAAUCACAAAAAUAUAAGGAAUCUGAAGCUUUGUUCCUCAAGGCAAUUAAAGCCAAUCCAAAUGCUGCCAGUUAUCAUGGUAAUUUAGCUGUGCUUUAUCAUCGCUGGGGAAAUCUUGACUUAGCAAAGAAGCACUAUGAAGUCUCUCUGAAGCUUGAUCCUAUGGCACCUGGGACCAAGGAAAACUACAAUCUCUUAAGAAGAAAAUUGGAGCAAUUGCAAAGGAAAGGCGGUGCCUGAUAUUUCUUUUCAGGUUGUCCAUGCAUGCCCUUUACUAUUAGUGUUACGUGGUUACUUCUGACCAUGUAAAGGAUUCAGUCAUCGUUUCUCGAAAAGAACAACACCAGCAAUGCACACUUGGAUGUCCAGUUAUGCCCUCCUGCAGUUUCUAACAUUUCAGCUGGAGUUUGGAGAUCUUUUUAUUUUUACUCUUGAACUGCAUUUUGAAGUUCCUUAGAACACUUUUGUAGGUAUACGAAGGCAAUGCAGAUGGAAUUUCACAGCUGUGAAAAAAAUAGCAAUAUUUGCUUUCACUUGCAAUUUGAUAUCUUCAUCUGACUUUUUUAGUAGCAGGAUGAAUAUCAGAAGGCAGAUUUAUUUCUGAAAGCGUUUCUGGAAAAAGUGCAAUUUCCUGCUUAAAUACUGAUCAUUUCAAGUAUGAAGAAUAUCUGUCCACUUCAGUUUUAUUACUGCUUUCUACUGCUAGUCCUACAGAGCCGGUAGAAGAAUGGAUUCUAUCUGGCAGUCUAAUCUUGUAAUUUGAGUUAUGCUUUGUUUCUGGUUUCUGGCUCCACCCUUUGAACUGCAGGAUUUGUACAGGUGAAAAUGUACACCAUAAAAGGUUUGUGAGCCACCAAGCUGCUGAGAUACGCUCAAGUGGAGGAAAUACUCCUGGAUUUAAGACAAGAUUUUAGCAAGCAGCAGAUGGAAAAGAAAGAAGUGUCAGAUGUCAGAGGAGCAAGCUAGAAUUUCUGUUCUUCAGGUAACCUCAUCUAGUGUAGACAGGUUGGGCCACAAGUCAGAAUUCCUUUAGCUCUUGCAGCAAGUCAGUGGUCUAAAUACAGUAUCGCAUCCACGGGAGCUGAUUCUUGUUGUCUAAGGCAUUGCAGUGCUUUUUGAUUGAGGACAUAACACCUUCUAGCUCCUACAUUGUUGGUAAGAAAGAGAAUUUCUGUGGGCAGACAAUCUGACCUUGACUGAUAAGGUAUUAAGUGGAAGGAACUGUGAUAAACCUUUGUCUAACUGUGGCUGCUGAGUUUGCUGAAAUCAGUUAAGUAAGCGUAGCUGUUAAUGUGUAAACUGAUCACGUUGAUGCGGGGUGAUUCAGAGAGGGGCACCAAUUGAUACAGUGUCAUUUUUCAACUUGCUGUGAUGUGUUUAAACUCUGGCUGUCCAGAGUUGUAUUUUCUUUUGCUAGUAUUUAUAUUCCUGCUUCAGGGAAUGAUCUCAUGUCUAUUUUCUUAUUUGUUUGCUUGUUUUUUCAGAUUGGAUGACCUCUAUUGGAUGUGAAAACUGAGGAACUUAGCCUCUUUUCUGUAUUUUGUUAUUCUUUCUUUUUAUCCCUGUAGGAAGACAUUGAUUAAUGUAGUAUUUGCAGCUUUCCUAAUUAGUGCAAUGGUUA